AUGAGCGACUUUUUCACGAGUGGAGGAAAAGACGACCCCAACAAUGUUCGGGGCAAGCAACGCUCGACGACACUCCAGGUCGAGCUCUCGCUGGCACUAGGAGUGCUUGCCUUUCUAGCAUUCUGCAUCUUGCGGCCGCGAUGGAGCGGGCUCUAUGCCGCGAGGAAGAAGGCCAAAGACCAGGGCUCUGCUCUGCCCGACCUGUCCAACUCUCUCUUUGGAUGGAUGCUGCCGCUCUGGCGCAUCACCGAACAACAAGUCCUCGCCUCGGCUGGUCUGGAUGCCUACGUCUUUCUCCGCUUCUUCAAGCUGGCCAUCAAGUUCCUGUCCAUGACCCUGUUCUUCUCGCUCGUCGUCAUCAAGCCCGUCCACGACAGUUAUCCCGAUGAUGACAAGAAGCCAAAGAACUCGACCCUGCCUUUAGUGCCCGACUACGACUUCGACUACGAACUACGCAAGAGAAGCGAAUCGUGGAUGCCCAUGAACCACUCUGCUCCGUGGAUGCCCGAGGUCGAGACGGACUACCUGUGGAUGUAUCCCGUCUUUGCCUACGUCUUCACCGCCAUCGCCCUGUAUCUCAUCACCUCCGAGACGCGCAACAUCAUCGAAGUACGCCAAGAGUACCUGGGUACCCAGACGACCAUCACCGACCGCACCAUCCGUCUCUCGGGUAUCCCGCCAGAGUUGCAGUCAGAAGACAAGAUUAAGGAUUUCAUUCAAGAGCUGGGCAUAGGAAACGUCGAGAGUGUGCUGAUGUGCCGCCAAUGGGCUGAGCUGGACAAGCAUAUCGUCAGGCGGAACGAUCUUCUUCGCCGUCUCGAGGAGGCUCAUACCGUAUACCAAGGCCAGCGUUCCAUCGAGCGAAACUUGGAGGCCUUGCCGGUCGUGCAGCCUGUGCCGCCUGGCCCUUCGGUCAACCCUGAAGACGAUGAGCACGACGACGAAGAACACCGUCGUCUGUUACGCUCUGACCAUGAAACGCCCGCUCAGACCNNCCCCUACGCCAGAGUUCGACCCAAGGCCAAGAUCUACUUUGGACGCUUCAAGCUGCGCAGCCGUCAGGUAGACGCCAUCGACUACUAUGAAGAGAAGCUCCGUGUGUGUGACGAAGAGAUCAGGGAACUGCGCACCAAGACUUUCGAACCCGUNCCCCUGGCCUUUGUCACAAUGGACAGUGUUGCUGCUUGCCAGAUGGCCUGUCAAGCCGUCCUCGACCCUUCGCCGCUGCAACUCUUGGCCAAUCCAAGUCCUGCACCUGCCGACAUCGUCUGGGACAACACUUAUCUUAGCAGGAGGAGUCGCAUGUUCCGCUCGUGGUCCAUCACCGCCUUCAUCCUGCUGCUGACUGUCUUCUGGUCCGUCACGUUUGUUCCUAUCGCUACUUUCCUGAACACCGAUACCAUUCGCGAGUUCCUUCCGUCUCUUGCUGAGGUCCUUGACUCGCACCCCUUGGUCCGUCAACUCGUCACCAACCAACUCCCUACCAUUGCUGUGACUCUGCUCAACGCCAUUGUGCCCUACCUAUACGACUGUAAGUCUGAUGUCUGUUCAAUACUUAAUUCUUUAGAUACUAACUCCUCACANGGGCUCUCCAAUUGCCAGGGCAUGACUUCCCAGGGCGAUGUCGAAUUGUCCGUCAUCUCAAAGAACUUCUUCUUCACCUUCUUCAACUUCUUCAUCGUCUUCACCAUCCUUGGUACAGCUUCGAACUUCUACGAUCAGUACAAAGACAUUGGCAAGAAUCUCAGGGAUACGACAAGAUUUGCAUGGACUCUUGCAUCUUCCUUGCAGAACCUGCUCCCCUUCUACACAAACUAUAUCAUUCUCCAGGGUCUCGGUCUGUUCCCAUUUAGGCUCUUGGAAAUUGGAACCAUGGCUCUCUACCCUAUCGGUCUGAUGGGUGCCAAGACACCCAGAGACUAUGCCGAACUCAUCCAACCCCCUCGCUUCAGCUACGGCCUUUAUCUUCCUCAGACUAUUCUCAUCUUCAUCAUCUGUGUCGUCUACAGUGUCCUGAGAGAUAGCUGGAAGGUUAUCCUCUCUGGUCUGAUCUACUUUGUCAUUGGAAGUUUUGUCUACAAGUAUCAGCUUCUCUAUGCCAUGGAUCAUCGUCAGCACUCUACCGGCAAGAGCUGGAUUAUGAUUUGCGAUCGUGUGCAGAUCGGCAUCAUCCUCUUCCAAAUAACUGUCGGUGGUCAGCUCGCCCUCAAGAAGGCUCUGUUGAGGAGUAUCAUGCUAGUUCCUCUUGUCGUUGGCAGCGUCUGGUUCUUCCUCGUAUUCGGAAGGACCUACAAGCCGUUGAUGGAGUUCAUCGCCCUCAAGAGUGUCAGGAGAGCAGAGCAUGCCGACUAUGCAUCAGCAGAACAACACGGAGCAGACUCCGAUGACCACCAUCGUUAUCAGCGAGAGUCCAAUCACGGACUCACCGUCGAUGAGUCUAGAGAAAGCGGCAUGCGUUUCAUCAAUCCCAGUCUUGUAUCUCCGCUUGAUAAGGUCUGGAUCGCGGAUCGCGUGCAUAAGCGCGGUGGCCCUUCUCAGCGUCCCGGCGGAGAUGACUGCGCCUGA